AACAGUAUCUGACGAUUUACCAAGAUUUUUACAAACGUGGCUGAAUUCUCUUCCCGCAUAUCCGAAUUAGAUGCCAUUUAUUGAGAAACACCCGACUACUUGUUGGACGUAUUGAAUUCCUGGCUGUUCGGGUUUCGUUGCAAAAUGUUUUUUCUCACAAACCCCGACAGUUUAAAGACAAAGCCACAAUCCAGUUCUGUCCACGUUAUUUUAAUUCUCAAACAUAUAAACGUUAUUUACACGGUCACAACAACACAGCAUCCAUGUUGCUUUGACUAGCUCUGAUAAUUGUGAAGUAGAGUGCUCCCUCAUUGGUUACCAGACUUUAAUACCAGUGUGACAUUGAGAACAGCGGAGCGGAGCGACAGCUCUGUCACGUCGCAGUACUGUAUCUGGCUGUCCAGUGUCUGAGGCUAAUAAUAACACGCAAACACACACUGAAUGUUACACUAGGCGGGCGGAGGCUCAGUCACAGCAGGUCCAGCAUUAUGCAAAUUGGCGGGGUAGUAUAGCGAAGGCGCCGGGCGCAUCAGGACUCUGCUCGGGAUCAGUGAGCCGCCGCUCCCUUAGCCCGUGAGAGCAACUAGUGCCUCUGUUUUACACCCGGAAAACACGCGGUCCCGCACACAAGCUACCUUUAUUUCUGCACAGUUUCCACACGCGUCUUGAACACGUGUUUUAAUAACAGGAAGCGAGUUUGUAAUACGCGUGUGAGAUUUAUUGGAUACAUCCACCGUGGACUGUACUACGGGCACGCGCAGCGCGCUCACAGCCCCUCCCCCACUCAGUUAGUUAAACCAGCGCUGCAUCAAAGGGCUCUCACUUCUGGAAACUACAGUCCUGACAGCUAAUAACGUGUAAUGCACCUUUGACAGAUUGCUUCCCCUAUUUGUGCAAGACAGAGCCACGACACCCAUCAUUCUGUAAUAAUGUAGAGACAGUGUGGCUGUGCUCUGCUCUGUGCUUGGUUUGGGGUUUAGAGAGACCCAGCUAUAAGUAGGUCGGGCUGGGCUUAAGCGGCUUAGCUACGUCAGCCUAAGCUGGGAGGAAUUCAUCCAAAGCCCUCCGCAGUAGGCGGGGGCCUAAACGAGGCUGGCCUAGUUAAGCCUGAUUCUUAUUGUGUGCUGCACAGCCUGUUUUUGUUGUGCAACGUAGCAGAGAGGGAAGCCAGGAGUAGUGUAUGAAUCCAUGCACAUAUUAGACAUAGCUUAUGUCUGAUUGAGAGAAAAAAUAUAAGAGAAGGUAAAUGAAACAUGUAUGGGAGUUAGGCCAGUGUUAGCUUUAUCACUGUGGACCAAAAGAAGCCAGCAGCAGGGACAAAAAAAAGCAGGUGGGAAGAUUGAGGAGUCACAGUGCCAUAGGCCUGAUUUGGUCUGUGCAAAUCCGCUAUGAUAUAAGAUGGCCUCCAGCUCUGUGUUUCUGUCUAGUAUGGUGGGUAAAGCUCGCUCUUCCAACUUCACUCUCUCUGAGAAGCUGGACUUGUUGAAGCUGGUCCGUCCUCAUAUCCGCAUCCUGGAGGAGCACACCAACAAGCAUGCGGUCAUUGUGGACAAAAACAAGUGCUGGGACACUGUGGCUGAGCAGUACAAUGCCUUGGGAGGGGACAGACCUCUGCGCACUGCUCAGGGCCUCAGGACCCUCUACAAACGACUGAAGGAGUCCGCCAAGCAGGAAGUGAUGCAGCGGAGACACGCCCAGCCAGAGUACAGAGCAAGCAUCUCUGAGCCAACCAGGAGAAUUAUGGAGAUGAUCCCUCACCUGUUUCACCAUGUGCCCAUCCACGAAAAGGACCAGGCACUGCGCAGAUUAAUAUACAGCAAGCACAACUCUCCCGUCGAACAUCCUGGCAGCAGUUCCUCUCUGGCUGCACUCCAGGAUUACUCAGCAGCUGUACCAAGUGUCCCCCAUGAGGUGGUCCAGCUGGACGCUGAAGAGGAUGUAAAACCACCGCCAGAUCUCCCCAUCCUCUCCACACACACAGAACCAGGGCUGGACGGAGGCCAGGAGCAGGAAGGGGAGCAGGACUUGGGCAGCAUUCACGAUUAUGAAGCAUCUCUGUCACCCACCCCUUCCUCUGUUAACAUCCCUCUUUCCACCUCCCCGCUGCCCUUACGCCACGAUCUUUACCCCAAUGACAUCUACCCCCACCACGAGUCUGACAGGUUUCGCCCUCUGCACUUAGCCAAAGAGGAGCAUGAGUUGGUGUUAGCCAAUCACAGGAAAGUUGCCUUGUACCUGGAAGAGAAGCGGGAGGGUCUGAAGAGAAAACAGGAACUUGAAGAGGAACUUCUGAGAGCCAAGAUCAAAGUGGAGAAAUUGAAGGCUGCUCGCCUGAGACAUGGACUCCCACAUCCUCUGUAACAAAUGUAAACAUCAUCUUUGGCUGGUAUUCGAAAGGGAGACGCUCUUAGGAGUUUGUGGAGGAAAGCUGAGAAAGAAGUUGCUCAUUAGUUUCAUGUUUGGAAACGCAGUGCCUCGUACAGGUGCUGAAAGCCUGUUUGCAUAUUGCAGCAUAAGGCUGACUUGUACUGCCAUGAGUCUUUGCUCAUGAUUGUCAGUGUUAAAAUUUUUGUACUCACAGAGGCAACAAAACCUGAUAAACACUGACAUUACUGACACUGACAGUCUGACCGUCCAGAUUCUGGAAGGGAAUAUUUGUAUUAGUGGCUGACAUGAAUCUUGCUGGAGCUUUUCCUGCCUAACCUGCCACCACUGUACGUUAGGAUAUCAUUAGUGAUCUUUAUUAUCCAAGAUUAUUAGAAACGUUAUGGUUAUGUAAUGAUAUACUGCAUCAACAGGAGUCUGCCCAGAUCAUAUCAGGUUCAUCCUUUGUAAAGCAAAUGUCCACCUAAUCUGGCAACCGUCGAACUCUGGUGGGAUAAACUUAACAGACAUACAGUGGGUACGGAAAGUAUUCAGACCCCCUUAAA